UUUACUUCUUUUAUAUAACAACUUCAUACAUUUCUAUGUUAUUCUGAAAAUUUUAAUGCAAUAAAUAUGAAUAACGUAAUGGAGGUGUUGCAGUCCUGCCGCUGUUGCUUGCGACGGUCGCCGGAGAGAGAUAUGAAUAUGCCUUAUCUGCACUUGGACAAAACUGAGAUAUAUUCGGUCAUGCUAGCGGAAUGCUUCGAUAUACAAGUAACGGACAGCAAGAAGGAUGCUGGUAUCUGUGAGGUGUGUGUGGGCCGGCUGCGAGAUGCCAGCGACUUCAAGCUGCAAGUGCUGCACAAUCAGGAGGAAUUGCAGCGGAUAUGGGGGGACUAUAUAAUCAAAGACGAAUCUAAGAUAAAACAAGAAAUAUCAGACGACCACGUGACGGAUGACUUCGAACACGAAGACUCGGGGGAAGAGAUAAAUGAUUUGAAGCCAAUAGUAACGUUAACACAACCGAAAGUAAUAAAAGUAGAAAUAGCGCCGAAAGUAGAGUUCGUCCGCGGCGAGACGGCGAAGCUUGCGAGCCAGCCGAGCCCGCCCGCCAUCGGCACUGUGCAGGACAAACCACACGCCGCCACCCGCACCGACCAACUCUACAAGUGCGGAACCUGCUGGAAACACUUCCCAAAGAAGAAGUAUUUAAUCGGCCACAUGAAAACUCACAACGAAGAAAAAUCAUUCAAUUGCGAAUUCUGCAAAAAACAGUUUAAACACAAACACCACUUGAUCGACCACAGGCGUAUUCACACCGGAGACCAACCCUACGGCUGCGAUGUUUGUGAGAAGCGGUUUUCACAGAAAUCAUCUUUAAUUGUACACAAGAGAAUACACACUGGUGACAAACCUUACAACUGUGACUUAUGCAACAAAACUUUUACACAGAGUUCGGCUUUACAUACUCAUAAACGUACACACGGGGACAAAACUUACUUCUGUGAAGUGUGCGGUAAGGGAUUUUCUCUAAAGUGCAAUUUUAGUGCGCAUGCGCGCACACACACCGGUGAGAAACCGUAUGCUUGUAAAGUAUGUAAAAAACGGUUCAACGAGCAAUCUAGUCUUAAAAGACAUACGAGAAUUCACACCGGCGAAACGCCGUACGCUUGCAGAACAUGUGACAAGAAAUUCAAAGAUUUUUCCAGUGUCAGUAAACACGAAAAGAUUCAUACCGGCGAUAAACCUUUUACAUGUGACAUAUGUAAUAAAUCAUUCGGCCGCAAAACUCACUUGAACAGGCAUAAGCAACUGCACACAGGAGAAAAACGGUUCUGUUGCGAUAUCUGUGGAAAGCAAUUCACUGAAAAAUACACAUUGGAUAAUCAUAAAAUGGUUCACUCGAAAACCCUGUCGUCUAAUGACGUGUGACAAACGCUUUGGCUUCUGGGUCCCGGUUUGAUUUGUGCUGUGUGGAAUUAUAGUUAAUAUAU